AUGUCUGCCCUCGAUCCUUCCGGCCCCUCCCAGCCAACUCAAGCCCAAGCCUACACCACCCUAGGCAACCCGUCCACUAAAGACCCCUCCGAGCGCAAGCAAUCAGCUAUCAAUGCCCACGAUGAGUCCCAGCCCGUUGAGCGGCGCAUCCCCCAAAAACAAUCUUCCAACUCCCAAGGACAACCCUCAGCACUAGGCCAGGGCAUUCAUGGCGCGCCAGCUGGAGAAGAGAGCAAAGGCUUGACAGGGGAGGACGUGGGAAGGCACAAUGAGCUGGAUGGCGAGCAGAUGGCGGCGCCGGGCGAGGGGAGGGUUGCUGAUGCAGUAGCUGGCAGGGGAAAGAGUAUGGGUGGCGGUGGAGAGCAGCCUGAUCUGGCCUCGGAUCUGGAUAGAAAGAAGGCGGAGCAACAGCAAGCCCGUGAUGCUAUUCAGCAGCAGAAGGGCGCGGAUGCAAAGAUCGGAGGCGCACUGGGACAGCAAGGUGGACCCGCGAAUCCGGUUGAUAAUCCGAAGAAGGGCGGUAACUAUCCGAAUACUGGUGUUCAGGAUUAG